GUGAAUGAGACACAUGCGCAGUAGUUGGGACCGGGGUUGUCUUUUAUUUUCUGUCAGAGUUCCUGUCCUUCAGUUGCUGGUGGAUUUGGGGUUUUUGUUCGGUCGGAUGUUGAGGAGGCCUUUGGCCUUGACUGUUUACUGGCAAUGUGAAUGAGCGCGGCGGGAACACGAUGGCUGCCCCAAGGGCCGGAGAGCCCCCAGGUGGACUGGAGCUUAAUCCAGAUGCUGCAGAUUUUAUCCCUCGAGAAAUGCAGGAAACAGAGAGAAAAAAUAAACCAGAGGAUUUCAGCAGGAACAAUAACACAAAUGUAUCAUCAUCCAAGCAGCGGCCAUUUCGUAGCUAUCGCUCUGGUUUGACCCACAAAAGGGAGUAUUCUCAGCAGUCAAGGAAUCAUUAUAAUGAAGACCCUGCCUCUGAUUCCAGGGCAGGCAGUGAAGAGCACAGGACUAACCAGAAUAAAGCAGGUAUGCAUAGUUUUCAAAAUCAACGACGGCACCGUGUAAGAGAAGAGAAGUCUUGUUCUGGAGAAACACCACUUGCUAAUGACUCACAGCAGGAAACCGUUGGAAAUUUGUUUCAGGCAAGGUUAUUUGAAAAAAAUUCAGUAGAGGAUAUCACACAGAAAGACCCAGUGGAGGUAGGGGCAGAAUGGGUGGAGCACAGAAAGAUUCACAAUUCGGACCAAGAAAAUUGGAGAGCACCAGAAAGUCGGGCUGGAGCCAAACCAAAGAAAGUUAACCUGCACAUGUAUAAACACAAUCGAGGAAUGGUUAACCAAGGAAAAUUUACCUUUGAGAAAGAUGGUAGAACAUUUGGAAAAAAGACUAACGUAACAAUUGAAAACAUGAGCCCACCAGAAGCUAACCAAAUAGAACACACUUGUGAACCUUCUGUAAUGGAUAAAAAUUAUGAAAGGUGCAAUGACCAGUCACAGAGAAAGUUUCUUAAAAAUAGAAAUAGCCAGAGAGAAUUCACCUGGGGCAAAGUGUACUCUGACCAUGAAGCAUACAGAGUUUCGACUGCAGACAAUGUUAGGACAGGCUCAAGUUUUGCCAUGACUGCUUCAGUAGUCGAUACCAAGACUAACUUCAAUGAGGAGAGUGUGAAUCCUAAAUUACAGGAUCGUUUGACCCACCGAACACAAACAUGGAAAAUGAGUGAGGUAGAAAGAAGAAGAAAACGACCAGAAGAUCUACAAAAAAAAUCCUUUGAUCUGCAAAAGAAAUCCUUUGAUUCAGGAAGGAAGACGUUUUGGAAAAAACAGAUGGAAGUUCACAAGAGCAAGGAGACUCACACAGGAUCUCUGAUCGAACAACUUACAUCUGAGAAAUAUGAGUGUAUGGUUUGCUGUGAGGUGAUCCGUGUGAUGGUACCUGUCUGGAGCUGUCAAAGCUGUUAUCAUGUGUUCCACUUGAAUUGCAUUAAGAAAUGGGCAAGAUCACCAGCUUCUCAAGCUGAAGAUGGAAAUGGUGGUUGGAGAUGUCCUGCUUGUCAGAAUGUUUCUGUACGAGUCCCCAAUUCUUACAUCUGCUUUUGUGGUAAGGUUAACAAUCCAGAGUGGAACAGGAAUGAGAUACCUCACAGCUGUGGAGAGCUUUGUGGAAAGAAACGAUCUGGCAGUGACUGUCCUCACUCGUGUAACAUCCUUUGCCACCCUGGACCAUGUCCGUCAUGCCCUGCAUUUGUGACAAAAACAUGUGAAUGUGGUAGAACCAGCCAGUCAGUUCGAUGUGGGCAACCAGGAACCAUUCACUGCAGUAACGUGUGUGAUAAUCUCCUAAUUUGUGGGAAGCAUACAUGUGCCCAGGUAUGCCAUGCAGGGAAGUGCCAGCCAUGCCCACUUACUGUUCAGCAAGGUUGCUAUUGUGGAGCUACAUUCCGAGAAGUGCCAUGUGGAACAGAUAAAGAAGCAUAUGAUGGCACUGGCUAUUUUUCUUGUCAGAAGCCAUGUGACAGGAAGCUCAACUGUGGAAACCAUACCUGUCAACAGCUGUGCCACCCGUCAGCAUGUCAGCCCUGCCCUCGCUUGCCAGAAUUGGUUCACAGCUGCCCUUGUGGGCAGACUCCUCUGUGCAAACUUUUAGAGCUUGGGUACCCUGAGCGUAAGAACUGCACUGACUCUAUACCAUCAUGUGGGAAGACUUGUGGCAAGCCAUUACCUUGCGGCUCUGAUGAUUCCAUUCAUACUUGUAGUAACCUUUGCCAUGAAGGUGAAUGUGGACCAUGUGCUGGAAUUUCAACUGUUAACUGUCGGUGUGGAUUUAAAAAGCAGGAUGUACCCUGUGUCAACAUCACAAAGGAGGCAGAUCUGCUGUUUUUGUGUGACAAGCGUUGCAAUAAAAAGCGUUCCUGUGGCCGCCACAAAUGUAAUGAAAUUUGUUGUGUGGAUACUGAGCAUAAGUGUCUCCUUCUCUGUGGGCGCAAGCUUAACUGUGGACAGCACAAGUGUGAGGAACCUUGCCACCGUGGAAACUGUCAGAAUUGCUGGCAAAGCAGCUUUGAUGAAUUAACGUGUCAUUGUGGCAAAACGGUGAUCUAUCCUCCAAUAGCAUGUGGCACCAAACCUCCAGAGUGCAAAAACCCUUGCAUCAGAGAGCAUGAUUGUGAUCAUCCAGUAUUCCACAAUUGUCACAAUGAGGAAAAAUGCCCACCUUGUACUUACCUCACUCAAAAAUGGUGCAUGGGGAAGCACGAAAUGCGGAGCAAUAUUCCUUGUCAUCUGACUGGCAUUUCCUGCGGACUUGCUUGUAACAAGCUGUUACCUUGUGGAAUGCACAAAUGUAAAAAAAUUUGUCACAAAGGCGACUGUGUUACUGAAGAACCAUGUAAACAACUGUGCAUCAUUCCAAGGCCUGACUGUAAUCAUCCUUGUUCGUCUCCAUGCCACCCAGAUUCACCUUGUCCAAAGACACCCUGCUCUGCAGAGGUGGUAUUAUAUUGCAGCUGUCAGCGAAAGAAAGACAUCAUGAUCUGCAGUGAGGCUUCCAGUAAUUACCAGAGGAUAACUGCUAUUUCCAUGGCAAGUAAACUUUCUGAUGUGCAUCUUGGGGACUCAGUGGAAAUCAGUAAACUAAUUUCUAAGAAAGAAAUGAAACAAAGCAGAUUGGAGUGUGAUCAAGAAUGUGCAGCAGUAGAAAGAAACAGGAGAUUAGCAGAUGCUUUAAACAUUAACCCUGCCUCAGAUCCAUUUCAUGUACGCAGUUUAGGAUCCAAAUACAGUGAGAGUCUAAAAGAGGAUGCAAGGAAAGAUCUGAAGUUUGUAACUGAAGUGGAAGAAGAAAUUAAAGCUCUUGUGGAAGCUGUUAGUAAGGUUGGUGCUGCUGCUAAUGAAGUGCCUUUAUUAAAAUGCACUCAAACACCAAUGUCCUGUCUGAAAGAUCUAACCCUGAAAGAGGGCAAACAACAAAAGAAAAGCCGUUGCUAUCCCCCAAUGAACCGGGAGCAUCGCAGAAUCAUUCAUGAGCUGGCUGAAGUCUAUGGUGUUGAAAGUGUCAGUUAUGACAGUGAGCCCAAGCGCAAUGUUGUUAUCACUGCUGUGAAGGGAAAAUCUGUGUGUCCAAAUACUUCACUCACUUCAUUGAUUGAGAGAGAGAUGGCAGCAAGACCACCCCCACCAAUUGCACAUUACAGACAACAAGCACUUAAGAUUGAUAAUGGAACAGUUGCCCUGCAAAAGCCGUUAAAAGAAGAACCAGUCAUUGAUUACUUUGAUGUUCAGGACUAGAAGAAUUAUUUUCAAAUAUGUUUGAAAUUUAGGUCACGCGUCUGAACAGUAAGUGGUUGAGAAAUAACCUGAUCAGUAGUUCACAAAAAGAAUCACUGAAGAUUUGUAAGGGGAUACAAUUGUGUCAAUCUAUUAAACUUCAAUUCAAUAUGCAUAACAAAUUGAGCUGCUAGUCUCUGCUGUAAGAAUACGCUGUUGCAUGAGACAAACCUAAGAAGAAUGUAAACAAAAUCUGUGGAAUGAAUUAUGUAAACCAUGCAUUCCUAUCAGCUGUUGUUGCUCCUGUUGACGGUGCUGAAUGAAGGGUUAACAUUGUUUUAACCCUUUGUUUUUUCUUUGAAAAGAAAUCGACUUCAACGUGAUAAUGUUAAAGGUGGCUGUGUAAUAAUUGCACUCAAAGAUUAAAUAAAUU